UCCACUAGCACAGACCCCCCUAAUUCCUCUUCUCCCUCUUCCCCCUUCCCACACCUGCUCUCCCAGUUCUCUGUCCCGCUUCUUUCUUUACUCUGCUUCCCUCUCUCCUCCUUUUCCUCAAUGGUAAAAUGCACUUGGGUGGCUCACUCCACCUGCCCUCAGACCUGGCUUCUGGAGUUGAUUCAUGGCAGGAUCAGCUAGAUAGGCAGUACAGGUACAAAAGUCAACAGAGGGCCUUUUAAGUACUGCUCAUAGCACUGGCUUUAACCUUAAAAAGCCUGGCCAGCCAUGCCAGAUGACCACCAAGUGAGGAGCACUAAAUGAUCGGAGACGCUUGACGACAAGGCACAAGACCAGACUUGAUCCAAGUACUGCAACGUCCAUCUCUCGGUAGCACCGUGGACACCCACUUGCAUGUUGGAGUCUCAGCGGCAAUUAACAGGAGACCUUCCCAGCCUGUUGGCAGCAGCUGAAUCUGCCUCAAAGUGCUGGGCUGGGCUGGGCUAUGUUUGUGCGUUUUGGUUGGGACCCACACUGCAGUAGUUGCAGGGUCCCACAGCGGCUGUUUUCAUGUAUGCUUACGUAUUGUGGUGGUGGUUGAUCAUUUGAUGCCCUAUUGCACAGCACUGAAUUGGCUGGAUUGCUGGAAGGCACUCCUGCCAGAAUUUUUUUUUUUUUUUAAUCCAGUAAAACCAACAAAACAUGAAAAUAAUUGUGGUCACACCCAGGAAUUAGUGGUAUAAGCUUGAAUUUCCCCCACGCUACUCCUCUGAAAGCUAGAAACAAAUAAUAGCUCUCAGUCAACAGCCCGUCAACUGAAAGAGCAUAUUCAUGGAAACCAACUCUGAAGCAUAGCUUCAAAAGAGUUAAUACCAAAAGCUUCUGCUCAAACACCCAAAUUCAUCUUGACCGGCACACAGCUCACACACACAGCAUCAGCAUGGCUUGGAGCUGUAACACGAAGGUUCACCUGGGAGGAAUAUUUCUCUCAUUCUUUGGGUGGGUCUCAUCCUGCGUUGCGACUUUUGUGCCACUCUGGAAGAAUCGCAACCUGGACUUGAAUGAAAUGGAGAUCUGGACCAUGGGGCUUUGGCAAGUCUGCGUAACGCAAGAGGAAGGUAUUAUGGAAUGUAAAAGCUAUGAGUCUUUCUUGGCUCUGCCACUGGACCUCAGGGUGUCCAGAAUUUUGAUGUUCCUCUCUAAUGGAUUGGGACUUCUUGGAUUCUUGAUCUCCAGUUGUGGGCUGGACUGUUGCAAGGCCUGGGAAGCAAAAACGGCUCUAAAGAAACAACUGGCGCUUUGCGGAGGAGUGAUUUUUGGCAUCUCAGGAAUUAUGACCCUCAUUCCAGUUUCCUGGGUCGCCUAUAACACCGUAAAUGAAUUCUGGGAUGAAACAGUCCCAGAAAUCGUACCUAGAUGGGAAUUCGGGGAAGCAAUGUUCCUGGGCUGGUUUGCUGGAUUUUUCCUUGUAGUAGGCGGGCUGCUCAUCGUCUGCUCAGCCUGUUUGAAAGGGACAGAAACGCCAACAAUGCCUUUAGCAGCUUACCGUGAACCAACACAGGUGCAAGCUCCAUUAGCAAUGCGACACUGGCGCCAACAUUCACACCCCAAAAACGCGGACCUGGUAAUCUAAGACUUCCAGCACCGAGUUCUGUACUGCUCCCUAGCUUUUCAGAUUUUGAGACAGUUCCCAUAAUGAUUUACAGGAUGUUUAGCUAAUUUUUUGUCCAUAAGAAAUUAUUGAGUCUUGCUAUUUGUUUUGCCUUUCCGUGUGUUUGUAAGUUUUAAAGAGCAACAGCUUUUUCUGAGACACCUGCAAACUGAACCUGGCACUAUAAAAUCAACGAGGUGAACACAGAAAACUAAAUAGCACUUCAUAUUUCUAGCAAUGCAGCAUGUUAUUGAUUAUACUAUUUGAGCAUCUUUGGAAAUUUCUGAUAGGAAAGUAACAUCUGUACACAAUUCUGAAGGUUAUCGCUCCUUAACUGUCCAUUGUAGGGAGACAAGGUGGGUGAGGAAAUAUCUAUCUGUCUAUACACAGGGAUGAAUUCCACCACAUCAGUUAUUCAAUUUGAUGGCAACACGUUUCUGUGCCCUCAAAAAGUACCUGCAUCUUGAACAGCAUAAGAGGAGAAGAUGGGGAUGCAGGAUUUUAGCUAUGAAAAGCAACACUGCAGUAUUUUUGUUCAUCUAGCGAAAUUUUCUGAUAGAAAGCCAGUUUAUGCAAAAAAUGCAUUUUCUACAUCUAUGAAAGGUGCAAAAUCAGUGGCAGUAUCUCACCCAUAUAUCUACUAGUCAGUGAAAUCAUAAAAAUAUCAGGCCCACAAUUAGAAUGCUAUCCAAUUUAAUUCUUUUUUAGAUCACUUGUGUAUAACAAUUAGAAUGUAACUGUUCCUCUAAGGAUCUCCUAAAUUUUAACUUGGCUACCCAAAAAAAAAAAAAAAAAAAAAAACGCUUGUAUGCACUUACUGUUACUACUACUAGAGGUACACAUAAGAAACCUGGUAAAUAUUCAUUUUAGCCUGAUCAGGAGUAAAUCUGAUGCUACAGUACU